UAGAAAUACUUAGGUUUACUUAGAUUCUUCCAUAAGUGUAACAUGCAGAUGCCAAAGUUUUAUUUUAGAUUUUGGUUCAUAUAACCUUUAUCAUAUACUGAUUUAAUAAUACAUAAUAUUUUUAUUUUCUUAAUAUUUCAGGAGUGGAGGGGGGGUUGCAGACCUUCAGCACCCCCGGCUACGACACUGUUGUAUUUAAUAAUGAAAAAUAGCGCAUUCUCAUUAGGUUAAGACAUUUUUAUUAUUUUUAUUUUACCUAGAUUUGCGUUAUUUUGUAAACCACUGUAUGUUCGGGCGCAUUCGGGAUAUUUCAUAUUUAGGUAGAUUUGGGACGCAAUAGAAGACUACCUGUGUUGGACCACUCCAUCGCGGUUUGAUCGCAACCGACAUUUAAACUGUUUACAGUGUUACCAUGCAUAGGUUAGGAAAUACUUGACCUGAUAUCACAAUGUCGCCAAAGACCAGGGUCACACCUACACUGAAGGGACAAUUUCUCCGUGGAUAAAACGUUACCAUAAUAUACCAAAUACCCAAUAGGUAGUUGAAAACAUCCACUGAGGGUUACAGGUGGUUAGAUACGUGGCAUUUUUUUACCUAACCAAUAUUAUUAUUUAUUUGUUUAGUGCAUAGCGAAAAAUUUCUGAUCACGGACCACACGCACUACACAAAUUUACACGGACGCGAAGGCACUAGUCAAAAAAUCACGCAAAAGAUUGGUGUAACUAUAAAAUCAUAGAAAAAAUGGACUAUGAAAAAAUGUUAACAAAAGGGGCGUUAAGGUGCAUCAAGAACAAUGAAAAAAUUGAAGGUCCUGUCAUACAAGUUAUUUAUGUUGGAAAAAUGUUAAGAAAACAUUAUUAUAACGAUUAUGAUAAUACAACUGUAAAGAAUUGUUAUAAUUUAACUGUUUCUGACGGUGAAAAUAUUAUAAAUUCUGUUGAGUUGGGCAUUCACUUGAACAGUAUGCUUGAUACUGGAAUACUUACCAAAUUUUCUCUUAUAAAGAUAAAUAAUUAUCUGAUAACUAAUAUUAUUGAACCAGCUAAAGAACCAAGACAAGUCAUUAUUUUUUCAAAUUUGGCUGUUAUUGUACCAGGUUCUAUUAUUUUUAAGACUAUUGGUAACCCUCGACCAAUUAGUAAUAACAUUGAGCCAAUACCUAGAACGGAAGCUUCAGUUCUGACAAUUCAAGUUUACGAAGAAUGUAGAAUAUUGCAUACAAAGCAAGAAAUAUGGAAAUCACUUAUAGAAAGAGGACUAUAUUCAAGACUAUUGACAGUGGGUGCAUUACAAUCUAUCUUGGACAAUGUAGAGGUCAAAUAUCCUGUCAUGCAAGUUAUCAAUAUUAGACAACUAAUAGAUACUGCCUCAGGAUUGAACAAAUAUCGUUUAAUGAUUUCGGACGGUCAACAUUUCAGUACAUUUGUAAUGUUAGCUACUCGGUUAAAUAAUAUGAUUACUAAUGGCUAUUUAACCAAAUUCUCAAUCAUAUAUAUAAGAAGUUAUGUAGUCGGUCUACUCGGUCAGAGUAUUAAAAAAGUCAUUAUCCUUACGGAUUUGGUUUGUUUGGUUACUCGUCCGGGUGCAAUGAUUGGUGAUCCCAAACCAGUCAGGGAGAUUUCAGGUCAAGUAAUUGAGAAUAGUAUACCUGCUUCAAUUCCUGAACCAAUUGUUGAAAUGGACACUUUAGCACCGUCAAUAUCACCAAUAGAUCAAGAUCAGGAAGUGGAGAAUUUACCUUUGAAUUUAGAUAUGUUACACAUUUCUUAAUUUAUUUUAUGGUUUGACAUACAUAUUUUUAUUUUUCAUUCUGCAA